AGUCUUGGGCACUGUGUUUCUCCUGAGUACGUCUGUGGCCAGGCUCAUGACCCUGGUGUCCCAGCAGUGUGGGCUUCCCGUCAGCUCCUUCAGACUGAGCUCUCCCACCGGCCUGCAACUCUACGACUGCAACCGGCUGCACGACUACGCCAUUGACCUGGGGGCUACUCUACGGUUGGACACCUGGGAUGGGUGGGCGGAGUUCCUCAGAGGCUGCUUCCUGGGACACAGACUGACCGUCCAACGACACCUGUCUAGGGAGAGACCUGUGAUGAGGUUCCAGCUCCGGGUGGCACUCUACAUCGCUGCUUCUCUGGGCCACCUGGACCUGGCCGGCUGGCUGCUGGAGAGGGGGGUGCGUGUCAUUGAGCCGGUGGGGGUUCACCCUUACCGUAAGUGGUGCCACCAGACGGCCCACCCCGACGUCGCCAAGUGUCCCGCUGUCGCCUCCAUCGAGCGCGGCCAGCUCACCAUCCUCAAACUCUUUAUCGCCAGCAGCGUUCUGACCCUUGCCUGUCGGGAUCCCCAGGGUCGUGACCCCCUGAGGAUCGCCCUUCAGUACGGCCACAGGGAGUGUGUGAGUCACCUGGCCACCAAGCUGUGCUCUGUGGUGGUCCUCCCAGGUAUGGCCCUGCCCAUGGGGACAUACCUCCAGACCCCCAUCAACUGCCCAUCUCAUGUAUCCUGCCCGCUCCGCGCCCUGGCAUCCCAGGAUAAACCUCUUCAACUACCGAAGCUCCACCCUGUGGCCACGAGUGAUGAAAGAGAGAAGAAGAGGGGAUGUGAGGAGGAUGAGAGUGGGGAUCAGAACAGCAACCAAUGGAGGAGCAGAGUCCCGCUCCCGCCCAUUUCCAGAGACACCAAUCUCAGACCUGUGUUUGCCUCGCCAAACUCUGCCCAGAUCCUCACCACCUCACUGGAGGCCUUUUCUCUCCACUGCGACCGCACACCCAGAGAAAACGCCAUAUACUGUUUGGCCUUGGCCAGGUUAAGGAACUUAUUUUAUUAUUAUUAUUAUUAUUUUUUACAGUGAACAAGAUGAGACUUUGGAACAGAUGAUGCCUGAAACAAUGCGGACGACUUAGAAUUUCGUUCCUUUGGAUGAUGCUUAUAGAUAUAGUCAGUACUGUGUUUGAUUUGUGUGCAGAAAGUUUACAACGGCAGGCAGUGGAUUCUCAGUCAUUCCUAUUCUCAAGUAACAAAAAACGUAUCAUAUUUCACUGGCUAUUUGUAGUAGCCAAAUGUGAAUGGAAUUAUUAUUAUU